CUUAACCCUCCCUCCGUCGGUGCUUCUUCCCUCGAUCUUCGUUCGGGAGGCGGCCGCCGUGGUUGCCUACAGGACCCUAACUGGCUGCUUCCCGGAGACCUCCUCGCUGAUCUACGACAAUGCCUUCGAAAUUCUACCUCACAGAUUGUGACAUCAUAUGGCUUCACUUGACUGCCUUCAAAGGUUCUCCAUCGAAUUGCGACUCAGGAACCCCAAGCAGCAGAAGCUCACGUCACUACUGCCAACUGAACCGUAAACUGACUCAACUCUACAGACCCACCAGGAGAUGUUACCCAAAGGAGUAGCGAGGCGACUCACAGAUGACCACGACGACUGCCACCUUCAUGACCUCCAGAGUCAUGAAAAGAGCGAGCCCUUUGAGGUCGCUCCAAAGAUAGCUUGUUCGCGUUCCAUUGCCUGUUCGCAGGGACAUGAUGUCUCUAUAUAAGAUGUCAGCCCCACAGUCUCAAGUAGCUCAAACCAAGGUCGAAAACGACCGGUCCCUCGUCGUAUUCUCUCAUCUUUCCACCCGACACACCACCUCGCCUCCAUCUCCCGAUGACAAGGCCCCAACUCCUCCUCUCCCAUCAGCCUACGGCAUCCCCUCGUCGGCACUGGAGGAGGGUGGUGGGCUGGUGAACAGUGACGGGCGGGUAUGGUACAUGGUCUCUGCGCCUUUGGAAACAGAUGUGAGCGCAGUGAAGGAGAUCGUCGUGGCCACCGAGUCGAAAGACCAAGGAUGGUCUUCCUUCAGCGAGAAUCACGGAACUUAUGAUGUGACCUCCUCUUGGUUUGACCUCACUCUUCUUCGAGAUGGCAAGGAGGUGCCCAACACCAGAUUGGACGUCCAGCACAACGUCCACGCUGGCAAAGAGUUCAAGUUACACACCAAUACCAUUCCGUCGACACACCCGUUCGUCAAAGAGAUGCAAAAGGGUGAUUGUAUCACACUUUGGGCCCGGGCUUUGUACCCGAGAUGGGAGAAUCACGUACAGCGUGCUAGUAUCGCCAUCUCCUACGAUGUGCUCGCUGAAGACUCUAAAGAUGAGGAGUGACCGAACUCACCAGCACAUGUACUAUAUAUGGAGCCAGUGCGGCGCGACACAGAUGAAGUACAAUACAAUACUGAGCACUUUAGCCACCAUGAUGUAUUUGUGGUAUCUAGAGCUUAGCUUGGGGUUUGAAAGGCACCAGGAAACCCCGUGAAACAUGUGCAAUGGACCUCUGAGCCUA